AUGGCUUCUCUGCCACAGACUGCUGGUCGAGGCGGCGGAAAGCUCAGCAAUGAAGAUUUGCAGGAGAUUCGAGUCAUUGAAGAUGAGCUACGGAAGGUCACCGCCAAGUUUGACGACCUGGGACGGUUACAGAACCGAUAUUUGAAUGAAGUCAAUGUUGCCGACGCUCGCAACACUAAAGAGCGCCUCGACUACCUCACUUCUGAAAUCACCGGCCAGUUUGAAGAUAUCAGGCGUCGUGUUCAACAGCUUAGAGCCCGAACCCAAAAAGGUUCUGGGCAGAACGGCACUUUCCCGCCUAUCGUCGACAAUACGAGAAACAACGUGACAAAGGCUUUGAACACGUUCAGCUCGAUGAAGGAGACUCACAGGAAGCAAUACCUGGCAAAGGUUGCCCGAGAAUAUAACCUUGCUGGGCAGGACGCCUCUGAGGAGGCAAUUGAGGCAGCAAUCGCCGAAGGUGCCGAAAGGCAGGUCUUCGCCCAGGCCAUGAUGCAGAGUAAUCGAACCGAAAACGCCCAGAAUGCCCUGAACAACAUGAGGAGCCGCCACCAAGACCUUGAGAACAUCGCACGAACGUUGGAGCAGCUGGCAGAGAUGUACCAGGAUAUGUACACCAUGGUUGAGCAGCAGGACGAAGUUGUCAUGAAGAUCGAGGAACAGACGGAAACAGUAAACGAAAACCUUGACAAGGGUGUGGGAGAGAUCAACACAGCUGUGAAGACUGCGAGGGCGACGAGAAAGAAGAAGUGGUGGUGCCUUGGUAUUUGCGUGGCCAUCAUCAUCAUCAUUGUCGUCAUCGUCCUUAUUUACAUCUUUGUCAUUCGAGGCACUACCGGCGGUGGCAACAACAACAACAACAAGAACAGCAAGCGCGAGCUCGAAGACGUCGCUAACACGGCAGCGUCGACCUUGCGGUCCAUCGCCAUGCCGCAUCCUCGACGACUUGUCCCUCGUGUACCUGUGGAUGGAACUUUCGCCCGAAAAGGCAAUCUUGUCAGAGACCGUAUCAACUAUCCGUAG